CGUCACUUCAGUGUUCACUUGUAGACGACUGUGAAAGGAUGUACGUCAUGUAUUGAGUGUAGCGUGUGCUUCGUUUGUGCCCCUUAACGUUUUAAGUCUCUCACGCUCAUUAUGACGGGGAGUAAGAAUGGCAAUGAGACCGAAACUAAAUCGCCCAGAGAAAGUGGCGAGGACAGUGAAGACGAAAGUGAAAUAUUAGAGGAGAGUCCGUGUGGAAGAUGGUCCAAGCGGCGACAGGAGGUACAGCAGCGAGAUGUGCCGGGCAUCGACGCAGCUUACCUCGCCAUGGACACUGACGAAGGCAUGGAGGUGGUCUGGAAUGAGGUUCGGUUUAGUGAGCGACGAAACUUCCGGGAGCAAGAAGAGAAAAUUCGAUUAGUGUUUGAUAACCUAACCCAGCUGGACCAUCCCAACAUCGUUAAGCUACACAAAUACUGGAUUGACAGUAAAAACGACAAACCUAGGGUUGUCUUCAUCACGGAAUAUAUGUCUUCAGGGUCACUCAAAAAAUUUCUAAAGUUAACGAAAAAGAAUGUUAAGAAAUUACCCCUUCAAUCUUGGAAACGCUGGUGCACACAGAUCCUCUCAGCUCUCAGUUACUUGCAUUCGUGCUCCCCCCCUAUCAUCCACGGCAACCUCACCACCGACACCAUAUUUAUCCAGCACAACGGCCUCGUCAAGAUUGGCUCAGUGGCACCAGAUCAGAUCCACUCCCAUGUCAAGACCUGCAGAGAUGACAUGAAGAACAUGCACUUCAUAGCCCCAGAGUAUGGAAAUCCCAGUCCAGUAACCCCAGCUGUAGACAUCUACUCAUUUGGGAUGGCAGCUUUGGAGAUGGCUGCUCUGGAGAUACCCGGAAAUGGUGACUCAGGCAAUGUUGUCACACAAGAACAGGUGCUAAGAACUAUACAUUCCUUGGAACAUGAACAACAGAGAGACUUCAUACAGCAGUGCCUAAAUCGUGAUCAGAGUCAGCGUCCAAGUACAGCAGAGUUACUCUUCCACCCGGUGUUAUUUGAGGUCCACUCCCUUAAACUCUUAGCAGCUCAUGCUCUUAUACACAACCCCAAGAAAUCAAACAAAUUUAUAGACAAUUGUGUUGAGGAUAUGCUACAACACCAGUACCAUAAUGACAGUGUAGUGGCAGAGAUCAGACACAACAGUGGUGAUCCAACACUUUUUCGCAUGGCAGAUAUUCCUGUUAUAGAAAAGUUGGAGAAAUUCAUUGAAGAUGUCAGGCUGCAAGCAACAACAGCCAGUCUAAUCAGGGAAGCCUGGUUUCAGAACAGACUGCAAGAAUACAACAGCACCCAGAACCUUUUACAGAUAGUCUACAGGUUUGGGAUUUAUCCCUUGACAGCAUUUAGAAUUCAGCGACAGCCUCCGUCCCGUCCUCGGGCUAUUUCACCCGAAGCUGUUGAUCCUGUUGCAUCAGAAACCCCAGAGAAUACAGACAUGGAAACUCGAAAGGUUAUCAACAUGAUGUGCAACAUUAAACCAAAUGAAAAUGGGCAUGGGUUGUUUAUGACAAUUUCUUUACGGUUAGAAGAUAAGAUGAAUCGGCAGCUAUCGUGUGUUGUAGAAGAUGGAGAGGGUGCUGCAGCGCUUACUGACGAACUUGUUCGAUAUGGCUUUAUCAGUCAGAUGGACAAAGAUGAAAUAACUAGUUUAAUAGAAGACCAUUUAACGCGAGUGCGGAAUGGAUCAUCAAUGGCAAUGUCAACAGGCCGGAAUGGUAGUCUAGGAAAUCCUCUACAGAAUGAAGACGGCUUAAGUGUGAUGCAUCCCCAAACCAUCACCACAGCAACCAGAUAACACCCAUGAUCCUCCUUGCACCCUCAAGCACAGCCUCACAAUAUUACACACACCACACAGUUUUUUACUAGAUGGAAAGCUUAUUAAGAGGUUUUCCUCUUGGAACUAGAUGGAGGAAACUUUUUUUUUAUGUGCAUUUAUGGAAGGUGGAACAACUACCAGACCAAAUGAUCUUGUGUUAUGUAUGAACUUGCUCAGUAACUCAACAUUAUGAUAAUUUGUGAUUAGGAAGCAUUUGGACAUGUAUGUGCAUUUGGGAGUUAGUGUGCUGGGAAUCUUAAUUUUAUACAAGAUUUUUUAUUAUUAUUAUUAUUAUUAUUAUUAUUAUUAUUAUUAUUGUUAUCAUUAUUGUUUAGGUACAAUUACAAGUGACCUCCCUAGUAUUGUGAUAUGACAUGUGUUUUGGAUCCCCCCCUCAGAAGUGAUUACUAACAUAUAAGGUUCUUCCCCCAUAUUCCUUACCUGCUCCAUGCUUAAAGCCAAAUAGGAACAUAGAUAGUUUACCACAGAAUUGUAUAUGUAGCUUCUGGGAGGGCGACGGCCACAAUAGUGAAUGUAUGAGAGACUGGAAUAUCACUGGGGAUAUUUGCAUAUUAUUACAGUAAUGACAACUUAAUUAUUUGGUUUUCUGUUUUCAAAUAGAAAUUACCCUCCCAAAACUUCUCCUUGGAUAUGUCAAGGACAGGUGAUUGUCACGAAAUAAUCGGUAAAAUAUAUUAUUAUUUUCUUGAUGAAUUAAAUGUUAUAAGUGUUCUCUUAAUUUUUGUAUUUGAAAGCCUAUUUUUCUGAAGGGACAUAUCAGUAAAGCAAGUAACGGACUAAAGUCUUGUAAAAUGCUUGUCUGUCUGCUCCUCUUGUGGUUAACACAUCCGUGCUUGCAAGAAUGUAUGGUAGUGUUGUUAUUCUUGUUCAGUAAUGUGCCUGUAAAUGGAUUGCAAGGAUCUGAAAUUUUCUUUACCAGCAACUCUAUUAAUUGUGUUCCAAUGCUGACACUGAUUUCUUUUUCUUUCAGUUAAAUUAUGCUUUACACAGUUUUCUACUUUUGUAAGGUGGCACCUCUUGGAGAAAAAGGGUCAGCCUAGUCUGGGGCCUUAAAAAAACUGUUAUUGGCUCAUUAUGUAUCAUAUAUGCAGUAUCUUUUUUGUAUAUAAAAAUAUGUAACUGCCUGCCAAUUUUGUCUGACUCUGAGCUUAAAAGGAGGUUUUUCUUGUGUUGCCAUUGUAGUGUGUGUGUGCUCUGUAGUGUGGUGCCCAUUGUUUACCAGAAAAUUGUAAUAGAUUAAUUUUCACAUUGAAAUUAAUGUUGUCAAUAUGCUUUGAGCAGUGUAAGUUCAGACUGCAACAGUAGUGUGACAGAUGGAAAUUGCACCUAAGUAUUUAUUGGCAUGCAAGAUGGUAUGUGCUUGUAAAACAUGGGAUUAAGCUCCUUCAUUGUAUGUUGUGGAAUAUAUAAAAACGUGUCAGCAAGAUGCUAUUUUUAUUAGAGUAUUUCAAGGAUUAAUAUAAAUCACAUUAGGUAUAACUGACUAUAUAUGGUACUUUUUCUACACUAGGGUCCAGUGAGUGAGAGAUAAACUAUCCGUUGUAGUUAUACCAAUGAGUGCAAGAUAAAUUUUCCACUGUGUCUGAAUGUAAUUAUACCAUGAUAGUAGCUGAAGAAUUUACUCCCUUUACCUCUUGACUAGUUUUAGUCAAUCUCUACUCAAGCUUUUUAAGAGUGAUUUGUACUGCCAAGUUAAAAUUCAUUUUGCACGCAGCUUGUUUCAGAGGGUGACCUGAUAUCCACAUCUUAUUCUGAAAAGUAAAAGAAAAUGAAUUUGGUUUAUGGAGAGGUAAGCUGCUAUAAUAGCUCAGGAGCUGAGAUUCAUCUUUAGUGCAGUAUUUUAAUGGUAAUUUACCUUUCAUAUUUUCAUUAUGGAAGACAUGUUGGCUGGACUCGUCCAGAAAUGUAAAUCCUAUUUCUUUUGAAAUAAAAUUUAUUUGUAAUGAUCGUACAUUACAUGAAAAUAACAAAGGUUACAUAGUAUAACUAGAUUUGUAAUGCAAUAAAUUUUGUUAAGCAUUCUUGAAUGUAAAAAUUGUCUUUGUAUUUGUAUAAAACCUUAUGUUUAAUUAGGGUAUUAUUUAUAAAAUGUUUAUUAAUGCCUAAAUUGCUUACUACUAGUAAUUUAAUUAUUUCAUUCAGAUAAUUUUUUAAGUUGAAAAUAAAAAUGUCAGACAGUACAUGAAUGGCUUUACUAUUGAUUACUGGUGGUGUCUGCUGGUGAGCAAGGUUGUGUUUGUUGUGAGCCACACACAGCAUCACAAGGUGUUCCAGGUAUGUCCUCUAUUUGCAAUGUUGAAUUAGUGAAGAUGGAAAACAUUGUAACAAAUUUAAUGACGUGUGUGUGUGUGUGUGUGUAUAUAUAUAUAUAUAUAUA